GAAAAAUCCACCCUCAGAAUCAAAAAGAAACCAACCAAAACAUAGUCUUUAUCAUAUGGAAUAUAGAUUCCGAAUGCAUCAUAGUGCUGCUUGAGCAGCAAGUUAAAAGUCAUUCUCCUUGACACAACAGCAGAAGAUUGCAGAAACUCCCAAUAUCCAAAGCACAAUUAUCCCCAAACAGCACCUUAUAUAAAUUUAUUAUAUAUCUCUAAUUUCUCCAAUUUUCUUCGCAGGAAAAAAAAAAAAAAAAAAAAAAAACACACAUACUCAGUCUACUACACACGUUUCUGUGAUACCCAAAUUCUUAGCUCCAAUACUGAACAAUUUCUGCAAUGGCGAGACCAAAUCAAGAAGCAAUCGACAUGUUUAUGACCAUAACCGGUGUGCCCGAAGCAAUCGCUGUUCAAAAGCUGGAGGAACACGGCAAUAAUCUGAAUGUAGCUGUAAAUGCACAUUUCAGUGAAGGGGAUGGAAACAUGUCCAGGGCUCAUGAAAGAUCUAUUGCCUCUCCUGAAGACAAUGUCAUGGCAAUGGAUGACCCUGCUGAAGUUGUGCCACCUAGACUUCCUCAGGCUGCAACUAGAAACCCAUCAUCAUUUCCGGGUGCAAAUUUUCGUAGAAGCUUCUUGGAUGUUGUUUCUAAUAUCACACCCCGUGAACCAUUUGUUUCACGUCCAAGAGAGGUGAGGGAGAUCCCCAUAGAGGAUAAGGAUGGAAAUGAGCCAUCUAGUCGUUCUCGUAAUGCCCCCAUCAUUGAGGAUGUCACUGAAACUGCACAAGAUCAUGGCCCAGGUAUGCGUGAAACUGCUAUAGUUAAAGAAGUGGAUGAUGACUCAACUGCGCAGGGUGUGAGGCAGAAUGAUAGCUUUCAGCAUAGAGGUGUUAGACCCCAUGCUCCUGCCUUUCAUAAUGUGCAAGACUCUAGAAAUGACAUAGAAGAGGAAAUGAUUAAAGCUGCCAUUGAGGCUUCAAAAUGGGAUGUUGAGGAGUUAAGUGAUCAUCAUCCCCAGCAUAAUCCGUCUCACUCCGAGGAUGCUGAACUUGCAGAGGCAGUCUCGUUAUCCUUGAAGACAGCAGAGCAAGAGAAAGCAUUGCGUGAACUGGGAUGGAUGGUUGGAGAAUCUGAAGCAGGAGCUUCUGAACCUGCAGAAGUGCAGCGGGAGCAAAUAACAGCAUUGAAUGAGAGACCAGGGACAGGGAGCUCUUCAAUCCAAGAUGAAGCUGGAGAUGUGGAGGAGCAGCCACUGACUAGGCAUAGGUCUUCCGUUGGCUCUAUGGAGUCUUCUCAAGUUGGACUUAUUGAGUCUAGCCCACCAUCAAGUCCUGAGCAGGAAGCUGUAGGCAAUCACCCACCACAUGAUGGAAACACCUUCACUUCAGAUGAGUGGGGAGGCAUCUCUUCCGAGGAGCAUGAUGAGGCAGUUAUGCUUGAGGCUGCAAUGUUUGGUGGAAUCCCUGAUGGUGGAUAUCAUUUUGCAUAUGCACCGCAUCAGUUCAUGCAGCCCAGGGGCUCCUACCUCCGUCCUCCACCUCAUCCUCCAUCACCCUCCUCGGCAACCCGGCGCUUGAUUCGGGAACAACAGGAUGAUGAGUAUCUUGCAUCCCUUCAAGCUGACAGAGAAAAAGAGUUGAAGGCCAUGCAGGAAGCUGAGGUUCGUCGAUUAGAGAAAGAAGCAGCCAGAAAAGCUGCUCUUGAAGAAGAAAGGCGGAAAGAGGAAGAAGCUCGCUGGAAAAUGAAGGAGGAGCAGGAAUUCGAGAGACAAUUGGCAGCUAAAGAAGCUUCUCUGCCUCAAGAGCCAGCAGCAGAUAAUGAAAAUGCUGUGACCCUUAUGGUCCGCAUGCCAGAUGCCAGCCGCCGUGGUCGGAGAUUUCUCAAGUCCGAUAGGCUUCAGUCUCUUUUUGACUUCAUAGAUAUUGGUAGAGUAGUCAAGCCUGGCACUUACAGAUUGGUGAGGCCAUACCCAAGGCGUGCUUUCAGCAAUGCAGAUGGUGGUUUGACGCUGAAUGAACUUGGCCUAACAAGCAAACAAGAAGCGCUGUUCCUGGAGUCAAUCUAGUACCAGUAGCAUCUUUAAUAUUAUUAUUAUUGAAAUUCACUGCAAAAACCUCCUUAAAAUCCGUGAAUCAUGGGAUUCACUCCAUAUUUGGUACAUUGUUGUGCUGUGUGGGUGAAAUGCAUGAAAUUCCAGGUUGUACAAUGAUAAUCUGAUUGGAAAUGGUCGAUAUUUGUUUUCAUCACGCCCAUCCUAUCAUGGGAAAUUGUUGUUCUGUUCUGUAUAUAUGUACCCUCUGAUGAUAUCAAAAUAUCACCUUU